GGUAAAGUCUACAACCAUCAGCAUCUUAUGCUCCUCCCCCUCCCCACUCUUAUAUUCCACCAAUUCGGUUGCAUGCAGACUGCAGUAGAGGAAGAAAGUGUCCACUGUCAACCACAAUCUUCACCAUCUUCUAUAUAUUGGAAUGGGUGAGGAGGACAUCUCGGAGAUGAAAGAAAUGUUGUAUAAAGGUUUCAAAGCUGGAAAUGAGAAGGUGAAGGCGUCUGAUGGAAAAUUUGCAUGCCCCUAUUGCGCAUGUAAAGACCAGGACUAUGACUAUGUUAGCCUCCUCCAGCAUGCUAUUCGUGUGUCGGAGGGCUCCCUAAGCCUCCACCAGAGAGCCAGACAUUCUGCAAUGGCUACAUAUCUUGCCAUUGAUAUAUCAUACCAAUCACCAGAGAAAUAUUCCGAUGAUGAAUGGGUGCCUCCAAAACCUACGAAGAGGUCAAGAACACAAGUCACUAAAAAGAAUAAUUCAAAAGGAAAGGCAGCUGCGCAUGCCAAAGAUGUGGCCAGAGCAGAACAGAGCGAGAAGGAGGCUGCUGAAUUGAAGAAAAAGUUGGAUGAGACGACAGCAAAGACUGCUAGAAGACAACAAAGGGCGAAGGAGACCCGCGCUAAAUUGGAGAGAAAGAUGGAUGAGACGAGAGAAGAGAUGAAUGUGCUUAUCACAAAAGAGCGAGCUUCCAACGAUGAGCUGCAAGGGGUUCGCAAAGAACUUAUCAAGGGGUUUAGAGAGAGUAGCAGCCGUGGCCAUAUUGGAUUGAAAACAAUUGGAGAACUCGAUCACGACGCCUUCAUCAACCAUUUGGUGAUGAGAAUGCCUCCCGGCGACAAUGUGAUCAGAGGCGUCGAGCUCUGCACAGAGUGGGAAGAAAAGAUUAAAGAUGUGCACUGGCAUCCCUUCAACAUCAGCGAAGAUGCCAAUGGAAAGCCUCAGAGAUCGAUCAACGAGGAGGAUCGCGUAUUGGUAUCUCUCAAGGAAGAAUUUGGUGAGGAGAUACACGAUAUGGUUGUUGAUGCUGUCACUGAGAUCCAUGACCAUACCUUCAGUGGAAGCUGCGAGCUGUGGAACUUUCAAGACAAAAGGAAGGCGUCGCUUGUUGAAGUUGUCCACUCCCUCUUCAAGCUUCCAGCUGCUAAACGAACUUCUAAACAAAGGAAGCAAACCAAAGGAGCCUAACAGAAUCUGGCUGUUUUCUACUAUUUGUUGUUGUCUCAUGACUUCAUUUUGCUAUAAGGUGAACACUUGAAUUACCUACUUCUCAACAGAUGCGAGUUUCAUUUACGGUUAUCGCAUCGAUUUAAUGCUUUUCA